AUGCCGCUCUCCUCCAUCGUCGCCGCUGUGUCCACGAACCCGGGUACGAUGGCCGUCAUGCCGAUGGUGCUCGCAUCGGCAGGCAUCACCAGCUACGCGCGCUACACCGCUGCACACACACACGACGAGAGCAAGGCAAGUGCUGACGACAUCGAGCACGAGCGCGAAGAGCAUCUUCACCAGCACGUGGCGCUCGCCUGGAAGGGCGCGCGAUAA